AAAAACUUCCGGCCCGGGCGGAAGUGCGGUCCAAGAUGGCGGCGUACGAGAAGCGGCGGGCGGCCGCCGCCCCUGUACCGGCGGGGGGCAGCGGGCUGCCAGAGCCGGGGCGGGCAGCGCCGGGGGGCGGCGGGCCGGCGGAGGGCAGCGCGGCGGAGUUCCUGCUGCGAGCCGGCGUCACGGCCAUGGUGCGGGAGGCGCUGCUCAAGGUGCUGGAGGCACGGCCCGCCGAGCCCGUGUCUUUCCUUGCCGAGUACUUCGAGCGGCUGGUGCUGGCGGAGGCGGCGGCGGAGCCCCCGGGGCCGCCGCAGCGCCUGGCCCGGGCGCUGUGGUACGUGUGCCUGGCUCAUCACUCGCACAGGACGGCCUUCGACAGCAACGCCGGCGCGGCCUACGAGGUGCUGGGGUGCGGCGGGCGGCGGCGGGCGGCGGGCGUGGACGGGCGGCUCUACAGCGAGCUGCUGCGGCGCAUCUGCCAGCGCGGGGCGGCCCCGGCCGAGGCGGCGGCCGAGCUGCUGCGCCGCGUUCGCUGCCGCGACCACGAGGCCGUCCCGUUCGACGUGUUCCGCUACGGCGUCCUCACCUGCUGCGUGCUGCUGGAGUUCGCGGCCAAGGCCGACGCGCUGUUCGCCGUGCUGGGCGCCGGGGACUCGGCGGACAGCCGGCUGUGCCAGGCUGUGCUGCGGGCGCUGGAGGACGCGCUGGGCGCUGGGCAAGGCCCGCGGCCUGCCCGCUACCUGGAGGCGGGCUCCAGGCUGGGCCCCGACAGGCUGGCACUGGCCAUGGACCAGGCUCUGCAGGAGAGGAAGCUGGGCUCCUCCAUGAGCAGGGAGGAGUUCCUGAGGAAAGCCACGGCGCUGUUCAUAGCAAAGGUGAAGCCUGUGGAGUGAUGCCCGGGGGGGAGCAGCACUGGCUGCGGCUGCUGCUGGCCCUGCAGGGCUCCUCUCCGAGCUGGACGGUGAGCACGGGGAGCUGGCUGGAGAGCCCUGGUAUGCCCAGCAAGAGAUUCCCAGUUUCCACACUCCCUGCCCUGCUC